GAAGUCUUCACGAGAGCGUAGGAUUCGAGAAAGGGGAAUUAUCUGUGUAGUGUUGUACAUAGCUAGCUACAUUAGCUACUGGAAAUCGCGAUAGUAAAUUGCAAGGAAUACGUUAUUUUAUUUUAUCCGUCACAGGAACGUCACUUUGCACAUUCAAUUUUAAAAUGGUUGGUGUGAAAGUAAUCGGUAAUGACUCAGAAUUCCAGCCUGAAUUAACAGGCGCCGGCUCCAGACUCGCCGUGGUCAAAUUCACUAAGGCAGGGUGUCGGCCUUGUGUAAGAAUAGCACCUGCUUUCAACAUGUUGAGCAACAAGUACCCUCAAGUUGUUUUUUUGGAAGUAGAUGUUCACGUCUGUCAGGCCACUGCUGCUGCCAACAAUAUUUCUGCAACGCCUACAUUUUUGUUCUUCCGAAACAAAGUACGUGUUGAUCAGUAUCAGGGAGCUGAUGCAACCGGACUGGAGGAGAAAAUCAAACAGCAUGUGGAGAAUGAUCCGGGGAGUAACGAGGACUCCGACAUUCCAAAAGGAUAUAUGGACCUCAUGCCAUUUGUAAACAAAGCCGGGUGCGAGUGCCUAAAUGAGAGUGACGACUGCGGCUUUGACAAUUGCUUAAUCAAGGACUCGUCCUUCUUGGAGUCUGACUGUGACGAGCAGCUCCUCAUUACAAUGGCCUUCAAUCAGCCCGUGAAACUCUUCUCCAUGAAGCUUCAGGCUUCUGACUUAGCAAAUGCCCCAAAGAUUGUGAAGAUUUUCAUCAAUCUGCCUCGCUCGAUGGACUUUGAUGAUGCUGAACGCAGUGAAGCCACGCAGACACUGGAGCUCAGCGAGGAGGAUUACAAGGAAGACGGCCUCCUCCCACUGCGAUACGUCAAGUUCCAGAACGUCAACAGCGUCACUCUAUUUAUUAAGUCAAACCAUGGAGACGAGGAGACGACAAAAGUGAAUUACCUGACUUUUAUUGGAACCCCUGUACAAGCAACAAACAUGAACGACUUCAAACGGGUUGUGGGAAAGAAGGGAGAGAGCCACUGAAGAGACGACUGGACUAACUGCUGCAAUCCCAUCUGCCAAAGCUGCUGGUUAUCUCCACUGUAAUACAAACAGACCGGCGCCGCUCCCUCUGUCUCUCUGUCUCUGUCUCUCUAUAGCUCUCAAAGAGUGGAAUCACUGCUGGGGCUGAGGCAGCUCCCUUCAGAUAUUUUUAUUGUAAUCCAAACUAACAUGUAAAUAAAAGGAAUCCUUUUUCAAAGGCA